CGAUAUGUGCGACACUGGCAACCAUUUGUACAAGUGCUACUGCGAGAACCGCGCUGAAAUCUAAUAUAACAUUUGCGAUCCGUACUUAAAAGAUUCAGGCUUAAACAUUAUUAAGUACUAACACUAAUUCUUCAUAUUAACUUUAUAUGUUCCUAGCUACUACCCUAAUAAUAAACGUUAUCCAUGAUAUUGGUGGUCCACUUGCUGAUCUGGGGGUGGAACUUAAACGAGCAAUUUACGCCAUUUGGGGAUGAUCAAUCACUAAAAGGCCUGUAAAUGAAUUCAUUUAUUGCAAGUUUGCAGUAUCUCACGUCAGUAUAAAAGUACAGCCUGCGAAAUGAGGUUUCUGCUUAUUUCCAUACUUUUAUUUGACAUAGUAGCUUUGACUAUUUCUCAAUCACCAACAAACGCUUCAACGCUCUUUAAAUUUUCGGAGGAUUGUGCAAAGCAACAGAAUGUUUCAAGUCAGCACGCCUACGAAGUUGUUUUUUCAGGGAAUUCCACACCCAUAGAUUACAAAAUCAAGUGCUUUUUACAUUGUGCCAUGGAAGAAUCGAUCGCAUUCAGAAAGUAUUGGAAUUUAACGGCAAAUAAGAUCGACCACGGCUUGUCAAUCAAACAUGAGGAUGAAUGCGAGCAGGGCUUGAAGAAGUUUGAAUGUUACUAUAAAAGAACCGAUAAAUAAUCUUUCAUUAUAAAUAAAGUUUCAAUUUUUAAUAUCAA